GAGUGCAAGUGAGCAGCUCGGCGGGUAGUUGGCCCUGUCGUAGUUGUCGCUGAAACGUCACCAGUUCCGAUCAGGCCCGCAGCAUAAGUUCCGGUCGCUGUCACUAGUCACUGUCAGUCGCAGGGCAACAGCUACAAAGACCACAUCCCAAGCAACAACUUCGGAACGGAAACGGAUACGGACAGGGAACGGCUCAGGGACAAGGACUACAGAGACGCAAGCAAGCAACUCAUCAUGGUUCAGAUAUCGCAGACGGAGGAGGACAUCAAGAUCUCCAUCGAACUCAAUCGCUUGGUAACCCGCAAGCCGGAUGUUGUCCUCCUGCCGCAGUAUCUUAAGUUCAACAAUCCUCCCAUUUUCUUUGAGCGUCAUCUGGCCCAAGAGAUUGACGAAAUGGCCAGCUUUUGUCGCAUUUUCAAGAACGAGGCCCGCAUCGUGCUGGUGAAGAAGGAGAAGGGCUUUUGGCCCGAGAUGUUCCAGAAACUUGACAAAGAGGCCCUUAUGCAGAAGCGCCUGGAGAUUGCCGACCUGAUUGUGGAGCGUAACAAAAAGCGGGACGAGAAGGCGCUGGAGCGGUAUGAGAACAAGCGGCGUGCUGAGAUUGAAAAGGAGAUAAAGCGGGAGACAGCUAUGCGGGAACGGGUGAAGCAGUUCCAGGAGGACUCCGUCCGUGAAGCCCUUGUGGUGGACGUUCGCAAGGAAGCCAAUAACGCCACUCCCAAGACGGAACAACCGUCUUCGGUGGUGCCCUCCGCUAGUCGCCUGGCCACACCCCUAAUGCUUCCACCGAUGAGCUCUGUGCGCGGCAGCGGGCGGAUUACCGUUAGCUUCUCAAGCCAGCACAAGCGGAACACGCCGAUGAGGGAGUCGCAGACCACCAGGGACAAUGCCUAUGCUGCUGCCGGCGGACCUAAUGCGGCUGUUAAUCCUCCCAUGGAGAGCCUCGACGAGUGAAGUUAAAAGGAGUUUGACACAAAUUGUGCGUGCGUGCGUUCUUGAGACUGUUCAAAAUGUUUCCUAUCUUCAUAUUCCAACAAAUAAAUUUACAGGUGUGGGCUUUACUUGCAACAA